UCUGUAUUUGUUGUGAUCUAUAUAUAAGGAAGUAGAGCAGAAGGACCAGAACCAAGUCCCUCACCCUCCUCUUCCGAUCCUUCAUAGAAUUCGAGAAGUGGUUAGCAGAGAAGAAGGCAACAAUGGCCAGUUCUACCACAACAGAGAAGACCUUCCAUGUUCGUUCAGUGAGUUUGCCUUCCCGAACUCAUCCAACUACGUUCAGGGUCGAAGAAGAGCUGCACAAACUGAAGCCUUUUGUAGAAUCAUCACUUGCAUCUAUGCCCUCCAUCACAAACGAGGUGAUCUGCAAUGGAUUGAAAGAUCUUGCUGCUCUGUAUGAUGGCAUCGAAGAUCUUCUUCACCAACCAAACAUCCAGCAAGGCCUACGCCGCUCCAACCAAACAAAAGCUUUGGAGGAGGAUGUGGAUGGAUCAAUGAGGUUGUUGGACCUCUGUGGCACCAUGAAGGAUGCAGUCGUUACAUCAAAAGAGCAUGCGCAAGAUCUUCAGCUUGCGCUUCGAAGAAGAGGUGACAGUUCUACCGGAGAAAAAGUGCACGCCUACAUUUGCUCAAGAAAGGAGACACAGAAGACCAUCAAGAAGUGCUAUAAAGAUUUGAAGCAGAUGGAUGCCAAAUGUCAGUGUGUCUCUCUUACCUCUGAAGAUUCAGAUCUCCCAGUGAUCUCAAGGCUACUGAAUGAAGCAAGAAUGAUCACCAGAUCUCUCCUUUGCUCAAUCUUGCAAUCAUUGGUAAUGCCAAAAACCAAAGCAACCUGGUGGCCUUUUGCCUCCAAGGCUAUGCGAGUGGCAUCCAAGAAGGGCUUACUUGGAAUAUGGCAUGCAGAUGCCUCCUCCCUAUGUGCAGCUCUUCAAGAUGCUGAUGCUGAGAAGACAAUGAUGGGCCAAAAUCAGUUGAAGGCACUUGAGAUCAGUCUUGGAGAUCUUGAGAAUGGUUUGGAACACUUGUUUCGGAGACUGAUCCAGAACAGGGUGUCACUCCUUAACAUUCUCAGCCUCUAGAUGUUCAUCAAACGCUCUGUGCCUGACCCCCAUCAUUGGCAUCCGCAUUUUAAAGGAUAAGCUGAUGAAUUCCAAUUUUGCAUGCACCAGAGAUGUAAAAUUGUAUAGAAUAGAUGUUUCAUGAAAUGGAAGUCAUUCAUCAAGGUGCUCACCUUCAUGUGUUGGACAUUUUGUUGGCCUCAGAUACUUUUUUUGAAUGAACUUGUUGCCUUCUCAU